CUCUUUGAACAAUGCAGAAGAUAUCGUGUUUAGAGAGGCUAGGGACCUAAAAGGGCCUUACAGGAAUUUCUUAAGCCAGAUUCGAUUAAGUUUUGCCUUUUGUUUGUGUAAGGGAUAAUAUUUAGCGAUGACAUCGCAUCCAGCCCGCAAGCGACGAAAGCUGGUGUUACACUUGGAUGUAAACAACACCGUGUUCAUUGGUGAUUCUAUUACAAAACAGUUGACACCAGAAUCAGCUUUGAACGAGUAUCUUGUGGAUGUCGUUUGGGGAAAACUGGACACCACAGGAUUAUGGAAAAGCGCAGAUAACAGCCUACAUGACAAACCCCCUGAUCAAGAAGCGAUAUCUUACUAUCGAUUUGCACAAUCAAAUUAUAAUGGAAAGCCACGAAAACAUUUUAAAACGCACAUCCGCAACUUCACGGAAGAAGAGAUUGGAAAACCAUUCAGGAGCUUUUAUAGCCAAAUGCUGACGGCUCUGGAAUUCCCAGGAGACCUAAAAUGCAGUAAUGGGGAGCUACCCUCCUUCAAGGACAACUCUGGAAAUUCUUAUCAUUGUAUUGUACCCUCCUUUUACAAACUUUUGGACCAUUUGUUCAAAAGUGGACGAGAGUUUGCCAUUAUUUUCCGGACUUUUGGUGGGGACGGUCAAAUCGUGUUGAAGGCUGCAAGAAAUUUCAUUGACGAAAUGAUCCUCAAGAACCCACAGCAUCACCAGACAUCUGUUUCAAGUGGGAAGCUUGUGGACAGUUCAUCAUUUGGAUUCAAAUUCACAACUGGGACAGUGACACAGUCAAAUGACUGCAUCUCUUUGGAAUUUCCAGGAGAAGUUACACUUUCAAACUCAUGGGAUAUUUAUACAUAUUUCAGCCAUGCCACAGGGAUACAACUAGUUGUAGAUGAUUAUUCAUGGUGGAAAGCCCAAGAUUUUUGCUCAACAGCAGCAAAACCUUUAUUAAUUGAUCCAUACGAUGAAUCAGUUCAUCACAUCAUGUUUGACGAUAAUUUCCGUCCAUGGGAGCCAGAGGAUAGCAUUGUCAAUGUAUUAGCAGUAAAGGAUGAGCAGUUUUGCACAGUGGAUCCAGCAAUUUUUGAUAAUAUGUGUGUAGUGAAAGCUGAUCUUUAUCAAAGCAUUUGUAAUGAAAACUAUUUCGUAGAUAAAAUUGAAUUGUGUGAAAGGAAUUACCAGAAGUUUGUGUUAGAAUCAGAAAAUAAAGAAGUAAGUUAGUUUUUACCAUUUGAUUAAAGUGAUCAGUGGGGAAUGUUGGGAAGUUAAAAUGGAGGCAUGAAUGAAAGUAUGAAAGAGAAACUGGGCUUACUAGCAGUAGGCAGGAAACUUGGAGCACCUUAAAUCUGUGUAGGUAAUAACAGUUUGGUGUUAAUAAGCACAAGUAAAUUUUUAAAAGUCAACAAAACUGCACUAGCUAUACGGUCUCAUGCUAUUUGAUUUCCUUGAAAAAAAUUAACAAGCGCUUAGUUACAUAAAAUCAGACAAGAAAUCAUGUUGUUACUUAUUAAUAAUUUACAUGGAAAAAGGAUCACCGAAAGGAAAGAC